GUCGAAAAUAUCCAAUUUAUUCUUCGAUACCCCAACGUGAUCAUGUGAACCAUCUACCACUCCAUUAGUACUUCUUGAAUGAAUAUUUUUCAGAUUGUACAUACAUUUAGGAAGUUGAACUGGUAUGUUAUGGUGGAUAAUUUGUUUCGUUCGAUGCAUUUUUAUAGGCCCGUUCAUAUUUUUCGAUGUUUUCGUAAUUUGUCGAAUUUAGAAUAAUGCUGAACUGCAAAAUCGUUACUUUUCUAUGAUGAAAUUUUGCUUUUUUAUUGUCACUCCAUGGACGUUCGUGAGCCGCGUGAGCGGGAUCUUUUCUAUCAAAGAAUAUUAAACUUAUAUCUUUUUCAGUAAUGUUUAUUGAUUAAUCUAUAUAUUUAAUUCCUAACAUAUUUUUAGAUGAAUAACUUUACCCAAAUAUUUUUCAUGUUUCAUCAAAUAUUAAUAAUAAAUAAAAAAUAAUAUAAGUAUUGAUUUGCAUCAUGCCCGCGCCACGAGUCGAUAAUGGCAUCAAUAGCGCACUGCACACCAGCGACAACGGGCUGGACAUGUCAUUUUCCAUUUUGCCAACGCCACAAAUCGGCCAUUUUUGAUAGUUAAUUUUGAUCAAAUUGAUUUCAACAGCUGCGCUGCUCUUUGCGUCUCUGCCUGUGGCCCUGCCUUCUGCGCAUCGUUAUGCGUUUGCGCUUUAUGAUAGAUUUUCUGUUUCUCUUUCCGGAAAUAUCCGGAAAUGAACCAUAAUUUUUGAAACGACAUGAAAAAAUACAAAAAUUCGAAAAUAUAUAUUUAUCAAAUAAAUAAUUGCACUGAUAUUUCGAGGGUCUUACAGAAUUCCAUCAAUCUUUUUAGUGUAAUUUGAAAUUUAGUUUCGCGCUAUCAUAGCGACAUCUUCAUUUAAUGUUCGUAGUCACUUCUUGGAAAAGCUUGUACCUUGUACGAAUAGACUUCCAGGGAAUACAUUUUUUGCAUUUAUCGAGGUGUUUAGUGUUAAAAACUUGUGAUUCUGCAUUAAAUAUUAGUGAACAAUCGUAGGUUUCAUCAAAUUGUGCAUGGAAAGUGAAAAGUUGAAACAAUAUAGUUGCAAGUUGUCAUGGCGGCUAUGUAAUCGACCAAUAGAAACGCUCGAUGCGUCGGUUGUUGGGUGUUCUUUUUGGCUAAGGGAUCCGCGUCAUUGGACUAUUUCGUGUUUCCUGAAGUGAAAUCAGUGAUUAGUGUUUAUCCAUUAGCAAAAGAUGAUGGACUUUUUGGGAGAAAAGUAAAUAAAGAGUGAAAAUCAUACUGGGAUCGGGUAAAAUGUGUUUUUUGUUGUUUGUCACGUGACCUACCAGAUUAUUAUGGCGAAACGCUCGGACAUCGACCAUGGGUCCUUUCAUAUGAAAUUUUGACAUUAGUAUUGUAUACAAGUUUGUUUUCUUCUAUCUACCACGUGCAUUUUAGCUAGUAAUUGACAGCUGACCAAGGAGAUGUCAACAAGGGGUAUGAAAAAGAGGGGGCGUCCCCCAAAGGUUCAAGUAGCUGAAAGAUCCAAAAAAUUCCAGUAUCACCUGCUCAAAAAGCCAAAAUAUUUAUUAAAUUACAAAGCAUCAGACUCACAAUCUAGUACACCAUCAGCUUCAAGAGGCUCCUCUCCACAAGAAAGUGAAUCUAGCAGACGAAGUAGCAAUCGAAUUAGAGGGAAAGAUGGGCAUAGAGCUAGUAGAAAAUCUGGUUAUGUGGGUUCUGCUUAUCAGAGGAGAGGUUACAAUACCUCCCAAAAUGAUUAUCAUGAUUCUGAAUACCACUAUGGCUCAGAUUUUGGAGAUGAUUCUAGUGACAACAAAAGUGAUAUUGAGGAUGAGUUGGGGUUGUCAGAAAGUGAAUCUGAGCGAUCCGUUGGGGACCCCAGUAGUGAUAGUGAUUUUUCAUUGAGCAGUUUUAGUACUAUGAGUGGCACACCACGCAAAGGAUUCAAUGUAAAUAGAGCACCUACACCUGAUCCCCCACUGUGGUUGCAAAAUAAAGAUAUUCCUCAACUGGUCUUGCCAAAAUCAUCAGAUGAUCUACUUGUACCUAGAGAAAGAAUAAUGGAAGUCCUAAGUAUAUAUGAAGUUUUGAGGCAUUUUAGAAAUCUAGUGAGAUUAUCACCUUUUCGAUUAGAAGACUUCUGUGCUGCAAUAAUGAGUGAAGAUCAGAGUAGUUUAUUAGCAGAAGUCCACAUUAUGCUGUUGAAAGCUUUACUGAGGGAAGAGGAUUCCCAACAAACACAUUUUGGCCCAUUAGAUCAAAAAGAUACAGUGAAUAUCACCCUUUAUUUAUUAGACUACAUAACUUAUCCUGAAGUAUUGAGAGCAUAUGUUGAGAGUGAUAAAUCAUUUGAUCAGAAAGUGCUGGAGAUAUUAUCUACUACAGACUACCCAUUUUGUGCUCUUGAAGAAAGAAUCAAAGUCUUACAGUUUUUGACUGAUCAGUUUCUAAUCACCAAUCCUGUGAGAGAAGAUUUGCUAAGUGAAGUGCCCAUGCACUAUGACGACCACUGCCGAGUAUGUCACAAGCUCGGUGACCUUUUGUGCUGUGAAACGUGCCCAGCCGUCUAUCAUCUCGAAUGCGUCGAUCCCCCCUUGGUGAACGUUCCCGAAGAAGACUGGCAGUGUGGAAUAUGCAGAUCGCACAGGGUGUCUGGUGUGGUCGAUUGCGUUCUGGAUUUGGAAAAGCAAGGACAGCUGUCGAGGCAAGAGCCGCUUGGAUACGAUAGACACGGAAGAAAGUAUUAUUUCCUGUGUAGGCGACUGUUUGUUGAAAGUCAAGAGGGAGAACUCCAGUAUUACUCAACUACCACCCAGUUGGCAGAAGUGCUCAAAGUACUUGAUUCCAAAGACAUGGAAGCUGUAGUUUACCGAGAACUACAAGAAUACAAAGACGAAAUAUCCAGACAAAUGCAAUUAACGGAAAAACUGACGAACCAGUAUAAGGGAAACAAGAAAACUUAUUUGGAUGCCGAGAAUGCUCAAAUAAUAAAAACAAAUAAAGAAAUUGAGGAGAGGCUAGAAGAAGAGAGAAAAGAGAAGGAAAGGCAGAAUGCUGAGGACAUGGUUGCUAAAAUGCACGAAGAAAUAACAGAUCCUACAGAAAUUCCAAUGGUUGUUGAGAAUACUGAAGUUGUCACUACUAGUACCAUUGAAACAACAGAAACUAAUGUUGGGCAUGCAGAAACUGUUCAUUCUAGUGCUACCAAGUUAGAAAAAGAAUCACAAGAAGAUGAAGAAUCAGAGAAGAACAAAGAAGUUGUAACAAGAUCAAAAACAGGUUCUCUUACUCCUAGAACUUUCAACAUGGAGGAUUUGAGGCGAAAAAGCUUAGGACUAAUUAUAAACCGUGAAGACUCCGAUGAAUCCCGUAUGACACGUCUGAAAUCCAGCCAGAUAGCCAGUGGGACAUAUCUAUUCAAACUUGGAAUGGAAAAUUCAUUCAGGCUCUAUGUGAACCAGUUUACUACAAACGUCAUUGCUCUCAACAAGCCACAGAGAAAUGAGGAAAGAGAUAAAAAGAGACAUCUAUCGCACAAGUUCUCCCUCACACCUGCCUCAGAGUUCAAAUGGGUUGGUGUGGUGAGUGGGUCAAGAACAAUAUUGAUGAACACUCUCCGUAACACCAUUUUACAACUUGAGCAAUCAAUUCCUGCACCUUUCAUGCACCCCAAUUGGCAUAUAUUGCGUAAACAUUGGUUGACAAUUGUCGGCAACUGUCAGCAACCCAAAGAUUUUGCUAGAGUUCUAGUGGUUUUGCAGGCUUGUAUCAAACCAGUUGUAUUUGCUAAUGUCUGGCAUGAACAACUUGGACAUACAAAACUCUUUAGAAUAACAGCAGCUGAGCGUGAAGAGCGCAAAAAAAUCGAGAAACGUGAGAAGAAAGAGAGGGAAGAAGAGGAAGAGAGAAAUCGGAUGAUUAUUAGUGGUUAUGUCAAAUACACGAUGAGUUUCAAACACCAACUGUGGAAACAAAAAGGUGAAGAAUAUAGAAUACAUGGUAGGUGGGGAUGGUUGUGGAUCAGAACUCCGAGGAAUUUCCAACAUGUCGAUUCAAGAGAAUUGGGUUUGGCGGCCAGGCCUGCAAGAAUAAUGGUACAAAUUAGGGAUUCAGCAGGUAAUCAAAAAAUUAUUGCGCUUGACUCGCACAUGCACAAAUAUUUCAUGUCAAAAGUAGUGAAUGGCAAAGUUGGUGAAGACGUUGAUGAUUUACCGGCUGUGUUGAAAAAUAUCGAGGUUCGACCACCAAUGAACUAUUUCGAAGAAGUCGACGUGACUAAGGCUCUUUUAACACCGGGUCGGUUGUUAUACCCCAAAAUAGCCAAAAAAUCUAAACUGGAUGCUCUACUGUCAAGGCGAGUACAGCUAAAAACAAUAGAGGAACGAAAAAUAUCCCCAGUCAAAACUGAAGAGCCCAACAAGGAAGAGGAAGUGGUGGAUGUGGAUACAGAAGACGAUUCCAAUUCUGAAGGUUUAGACAAACAGCUCAACAACAUGAUGACUGGCAAGAUAACCCUACCAAAUAACAUUCAAACUUUGCCGAAUCGUGAGGUGCUGAGCACAAUUGCAAAAAGAAUACAUACCCUUAGGACUCAGUACACCUCCAUAGCCAGACUAGCAAAAGAUUUCCAGUGCUACGUCAAGGGAUGCAACUCAGGUGCAGGUAACAGUAUAGAAAAUACCUGUUACUCACCACUUUGCAUCCAAAGGGUGAAAGUCCGACGAGAUCUGUUGAGUUUGCUGCGCAAAGCUAACUUGGCUACAAAUUCCAAUGUGAAACUGCCGACAAUUCUUCAAACGGCGGGAACCCCCGUGAAGAAAACUUCGAUUUUGGAACAAACUCUGAAAGCCCCACAGCUGCAACCAAAAGAAGAAAAAACUACAGUUGAGCCAACCAAAGAAAAUAUUUGUAAAGAUUUAAUGAACGCUGUUAUGACAGCUACAAAAGUAGAAGAAGAAAGCGGAGCUUACGUUCCAAGCAAAAUAUCAGAAAUCAAGGUUGAUGUCAAGGAAGAAGUGGAAGAGGCGAAACAGAUGAAAGAGGAGAAAAAGACGGAAGAAACGAAAGAGGCGGAAGAGAAGAUAGAGGUGAAAGAGGCGAAAGAGGCGAAAGAGGCGGAAGAGACGAAAGAGGUGAAAGAAAUUAUCCCAAAGGUAGAACCUGAGAUUGUUUCUACGCCAGUGAAGAAAAAACCGAAACAUGAACCUAUGGAUGAAGAUGAGCCCAUUGACGUUAAUGAAUUGUCACCGGAUGCUAUAAAAGAAAUGAUUUUGGGUAGCAAGUCUGAGAAAGGAUUCACUGUUAGCAGCACCGUCACCACAACAACUACAGUUACUACUAACACCACGACAGUAGAUGGUGUUGUGAAAAGUAUAUCUGGAAGUGAAAAAAUUAUCGAUGCAGUCUCAGUUACUUCCUCUGUGAAUGGAUCUGCAACCCAUACUAUUAAGACCCUAAAUGCCAAGACUACUGCAUAUAGCGCACAGCAAAACAGAAGAUUUUGUGCUUAUAAAAUUGGGGUGAAGCGUGAAGAGAAAACAUUCAAAGCAGAACAUGCUGCAGAUGGUACUGAAAGAGUGUAUUCAACUAUAUCCACUGAGGGAAAAGUCGUUUUGAAGAAAAUUCCGAGCGCCAUGGAUAUGAAGCGUAAGAAAAGGCAGAUCCUGAAGUAUCCAGCUUGUUCAACUUUCAAAAUUAGGAAAAACGUUUCGUCUCUCUUGGUCCUUCCUCGGCAUGAAACGAGAAAGCUAGCAAGAAAUGCUGGAAGAAUCCACAUACUGGGCUUCCAUGCUCUAGCAAAACCUAAUAACAGCAUCUGGCCUUACCCAUGCUCUAGACCUCUCUUCAAGACGUGCUGGAUAUACCGAACUGUCAACUUGAGAUCGUUGUCUAGUGCUGCGCUGCAAUUGAAAAUUAUGUGGGCGUGCCUUCGUUGGGACGAUAUGCAGACCAAGCCGCCCAAUACUGAGGGCAAGCAUCAAAUCACUACAGAAACGGAGAUUUUGUCCUUGGAGUUGUUGAAACAUAGGCAUGUUGGGCAGUUCAUGGAGCGUACGCAGUAUUUGCGGAGGAAAGUGGUUAUUCCGUUGGAGUUGCCGAAAACAGUGAGAGAGGUCACCUCAAUUAGAAGUGGAUUGAGAAAAAGAAAACGACCAGAGUCGCCACAAAACAUGGAUCCUCAAGUUAGUGAAGAAUGGGUAGAUGAGGAAAAAUUGGAACUGUGGGAAAUAAAGCAGUAUGGAGAAAAGGUCGAGAAGGCCGCCCAGCAGGUGAUCACCAGGAGCCGCACGGGCACCCUGCCCCCCACCAAGCCCGCCCUUGAGGCCGCCGUCGGCGACGUCGUCGCCGUCAAGGCAGCCGUGAGCGGCAAAGCGACCGCCGAGGAGAUCAAGGAGAAGAUGGAGCAGCAGCUGCGGCUGCAGAGGGCGGCGCACCAGCAGAAGCGCGCCGCCCUCGAGGUGAAGGGCGGCAGCAUCGUCAAGGGGGCGGGGCUGGAGGUGGUCGGGACGACGGGUCACGUUUCAACCAUGGCAGAUGGCCAAAUGAAAAUCGUGAAAAACAUCAUCAUGCCUGGACAGGCAGUUGUCAGCGGCAAAAACACGCUCACUUCUCUUCUAACUUCCAACACCACCAAAUUGGCUGGUAGGAGAAUUCUCAUGACCAAAGGACCGGAUGGUACCACAAGGGUAAUAACGGGUACUGCAAAUAUUCUGCCCAAGAAUUUGACAACCACACAGCAGAGUCUUAUUAAGGCACCCAAUCAGGUGCCGCAGACUAUGCAGCUUCAACAAACUGCGACCACCACCAUCGCCACCACCACACCAACAACAAACCCACCACCACCCGUCAUCCAACAACAAACGCCCGUCAAAGACACGCCGCAGCGGGUGCAAAUAAUGCGCACCCCCGACGGCCGCAUCACCGUGAAGGGCCUCUUGCCCGGCCAACAGCUCGUCCAGUACCCGGACGGCAAAUUGCAGGUGCUCACCACCUCGCAAUUGCAAUCUUCCGGGCUCGCCCCGACGCCUGUCAAAGCGCCAGUCGCGGCGCCCAACAGCGCCGCCAAAGCUGCCGUCAAACAGACGUUCGUUCCAGCCAAACCCAUCGUCCAGUCAUCUCCUAAGCCCGUCGUCGGACAACCGCAAGUCCAGCAGAGCCCUUUGAAGGUCCAGCAGCAGCAGCCGCAGCAACAGCAAGUGCUGGUCAAACAGGGAACGCCGCUCGUGCAGAAACUGGGCCAGGGGAGCGUGCUGGUCGGGCCUGGUGGCCAAGUGCUGCAACAGCAGGUCGUAUUGGGCACCAAUCAGGUCAUCACCACCAAUCAGAACGGGCAACAGGUCAUAACGAACCAAAUAGUGGUCAACAACCAGAACCUCGCCCAGCAGCUGGCCACCGGCAAGGUCCAAGUGGCGACCAUCAACGGCCAACAGGUGCUCAUCCGGCCGACGGGCAACAACCAGGCGCAAGUGGUCGCCCAGCUGACGCCCGGCGCCAUCACCACGCAGGCGAUACAGCAGGCGCAGGUGCAGCAGCCGGCUCCAGCCAAACAGCUGUCCCGGCUGCCGGCUGAACCCGUGCAGCAGGUGGCGCAGCAGCAGGCGUUGCAACAGGUGGCGGUGCAGCAACAAGUGGCGCCACAGGUGGUGCAGCAACAAGUGGCGCCACAGGUGGUGCAGCAGCAGUCGCCCCAGAAAGCGGUGGUGCCGCCGAGUCCGGCCAAGAAGGCGAAAGCUCAGGUGCAGGAUAGCAAUCAGAUAGAUUCGGCAACAUUGGAACAGCUUCUUGCUGGUCAACCACCAGGUACGGUCAUCAAGUGUGUAACUGCCCAGGUAAUCCAAACUCAACAGGGUCCAAGAAUAGUUCUGCAAGGUCUGCAAGGGGCUGAUUUUACCCCACAACAGUUAGCUGCAGUUCAACAACAAGUCAAACAACAGCUUCUGAAAGCUCAAGCGUCCACCGGCAAACAAGGCGUCCUCGGCCCCACCAAGAUCUACCUCGCCGUCCAGCCGGGCAGCCAAGAAGCGGCGCCGGCCGAACCGACCGCCACCAACCCCCCGCCACUGGCCCCCGUCCAACAACAACCGGCGGCGGCGGUGGCGGCGCAGCAACAGGUCAACUCGGCCAAGCUGCAGAGCCCGCCGGCGCCUAGUCCCGUCAAGCAGGCGCAGGCGCAGCGACCCGUGCAACAGACUAACGAGAACACCGUGACGCAAGGUCGACAGAUACUGGUGAACGGCCAACAGUCUCAGAUGGCGGCACUGCUACAAGCCGUGAAGAGCACUGCUGCUCAAUCGACCAAUGCCCCACAGCCCACAUUGGGAGCCCCCGUACAGCAGCAGCAAGCGAGCGGGAUAAACCCGGACACCAACAAGCAGUUCGUCGUCACUCCGGACUAUAUCCAGCAAACGAUAAAGACCGCCCUCAAGCAAGAAAACCUCAAUCCCGAGAUCGAAGAGAAGCUGCUGCAGCUGCAGCGCUACCAGGAGCGCCAGAUGACCACCAGCAAGGACCAGCCGCCGGAGGGCGUGGCUCAGCAACCGCCGUCGUUGCCGAAGCUGGCCAGCCAGCCGAUCGUGAACGCGAGGCCGCCGGCGGUCGCGGCGCCGUCGCGGAAAAGGCAGUUGAGUGCUUCGAGGAACGACGACGCCGAUUGGGUGAUGGAGACGCCGAAGCGCAGCAGGCCGAACAGAGGCGCUGUGGCGGUGGGAGAGGGGAAGAAGGUGGUCGAGGUCGAUGUGGCGCAAGAACAGAUAAAAGAAAAAAUGGUUUCUCCUAGAAGUAGAGUUAAAAUCAAAGAAGUUACGGACUCUGACAAAAAAGUUAGCAUGAAAACAAAGAUUAUGGUUAGUUUAUUCAGGCAGAAAGAACUGUUGAAGAAGGACAUCCUAAGGAAGAGAGCACUUCUCGAGAAAGAAUUACAAUUCGAAAUUCAGCGAGAAGUGGCCGAGGAGCUGGCCGCCCGCACGAAGAUCGAGCGCUCGAAGCAGGACGAGGUGCGCACGGGCAGCGGCAAGCGCAAGUCGGCAGCGACGGCGACGACGGCCGCUAUUCGGCCGGCUGGCGGCGGGCACAAGGCGGCCGCCUCGCGGCACCGGAAGGGCCACCGGCAGCACGGCGGGGUGGCGGCGAGACACGCCUCGCCGCCCGGACUGCAUGCCGGCACGAAGGGCGGACUCAAGCGCGAAAAGGUGUAUUGCAUCUGCCAGACGCCCUACGACGAGACGAAGUUCUACGUGGGCUGCGACCUGUGCAACAACUGGUUCCACGGCGACUGCGUCGGCAUCACGGAGGAGAGCAGCAAAACGCUGACGGAGUUCGUUUGUAACGAGUGCAAGCAGGCGCGGGAUACGCACAAGCUGUACUGUUUGUGUCAGCAGCCGUACGACGACUCUCAGUUCUAUAUAUGUUGUGAUAGAUGCCAGGACUGGUUUCAUGGUAGAUGUGUGGGUAUUUUGCAGUCGGAGGCCGACAAUAUCGAUGAGUACGUCUGUCCGAGAUGUCAGAGAAAUAAUUCCGUUAAUUUCGCCAAUAUGAAAGACUUGGCACAAAAAGACUUUGAGGGUUUGAGGAAACUCAUCAAACAGUUACAGGUGCACAAAAGUGCCUGGCCAUUCAUGGAACCGGUUGAUCCCACAGAGGCACCUGAUUAUUACAAAGUUAUUAAGGAACCGAUGGAUUUGCAGAUGAUAGAGGGUAAAAUAAAUGACCAAGUGUACACGAAACUUAGCGAGUUCAUCGGGGACAUGACUAAAAUUUUCGACAAUUGUCGAUACUACAACCCCAAAGAAUCUCCGUUCUACAAGUGUGCAGAAACGUUAGAAGGGUACUUCGUGAAUAAAAUCAAAUGCCUGAGAGAUAAGUUGUUCGAAACUAACAAAUAAGCUACAUUUUUAAGAGAAUUUUUAUUAGAUGUUAAGGUUUUCCAUGAAAGGCUUUCAGCGGGUCUGAACGAUCUCAGCAAAAAUAUUUGGAUGGCGUUUUCGAGAACGUCAAGCAUGUUUUAGUGAUCUGCCCAAAGUCUAAAUUUGUACAUAUUGAUUAUAGUUUGUGAAUAUGUGUAUGCAAUUUUUUUUUACUUAGUAAUUAUUCUUUUCGUAUCGAUGAGUUACUAUUUAUUCUUGCAGAGUAUUUAAUUGAUACAUUUAAAAAUUGUUUAAAAUCUGUAAUUAUGGCCGAUUAAAUUGUUUAAGCUUUAAACGAAUUGAUUUACAGUAAUUUAUUCAGACUGCAUUGUGUAUUAUUUUGAAUAUAUAAUUAAAUAUUUAUAUAGAAAGUAAUGUCUUAAGUAGAGUGCCAUUGUAGAUAAUUGAAAGUUCAUCGAUUUUUUGAGAAAUUCCACAUUUAUGUUUGCACAUAUUUCAGAUUUUUAUAUUCGGUCGGUAGGAUUAUCGACUUUGUUUUAUCGAGAAAUAAAACCUUUUCAAGACGGUUUAA